AUCUGCAGGCCUGCUGCAGAGCUCUAUUUACAGCACCUCAGAUUUCCAAUGUUUCCACUGCUUUACUACAAUCAUUCUUCUUCUUCUUCUUAGCCCAAAAACAGGGAAAACACUGGUUUCUGGGAAAUGGCAGAUGAUGAAGUGGUAUUGUUGGACUUCUGGCCUAGCAUGUUUGGGAUGAGGCUUAGAAUUGCUCUGGCUGAGAAGGGGGUCAAGUAUGAGUACAGAGAAGAGGACCUGUUGAACAACAUGAAAAGUGAGUUGCUUCUGAAGAUGAACCCGGUUCACAAGAAAAUCCCAGUUCUGAUUCACAAUGGCAAACCGGUUUGUGAGUCUAGAAUUGCAGUAGAGUAUAUUGAUGAGGUGUGGAAGGAGGGUGCCCAGUUGCUCCCCUCUGAUCCUUAUGACAAAUCCCAGGCUAAAUUCUGGGCUGAUUAUAUUGACCAAAAGAUAAAUGAUUUGGCUUAUAAAAUAUGGGCAACAAAGGGGGGAGAACAAGAGGCAAGCGAGAAGUUGAUAGAGUGUUUGAAGGUGUUGGAGGGAGCACUUGGAGACAAGCCAUACUUUGGGGGAGAGAGCUUUGGGUUUGUUGAUAUUGCUCUCAUUGGAUAUAAUAGCUGGUUUUAUACCUAUGAGACCUUUGGUUGUUUCAACUUAAAGGAAGAGUGCCCUAAUUUGAUUGCUUGGGCUAAGAGGUGCAUGGAGAAGGAAAGUGUGUCCAAGACUCUCCCUGAUUCUAACAAGAUCUAUGAGUUUGUCAAGUCUUUGAGGAAGAUGCAUGGAAUUGAAUAA